UGUCAGUGUGGAGACAGCUGCUAGUCAUGGCAAGGCUGCUCUAUUAAUUUCAUCCGUGCAAUGGAAGCCACGCAGCUCAGGAUGAGCUGAAAACCAAAUACUGGGAUUCCGGCCGGCCCAGUGUGUUACAGGAGUGGCAUGAAGAGUCGGGCACACCUUUUUGCUAGUGCCAUGCGCUUGUUUGUGCGAUGUUUCCGACUGGGCCGAAGGCGAGGCCAGAAUAAACUAAUUCGAAGACUCCAGGAGCUGUGGAGCUAUGGGAGGCUGUGCCUGAAGUCUUUAUUCUACAACUCCUUCACAAACUCAGACACCAUCAUUGAUUCCCUCUUUGAACCCAUCUACUGGUUGGUGGAUCAUAUCACUCGUUGGUUUGGAGUGGCAUUUGUGUUUCUGGUGAUUGUCCUGACCAGUUCCAUCGUGCUCAUCGUCUACAUCUGCCUGCUGCCACUAAUUUUGCAUACAUAUAGUCUAGCCUGGAUUCUGUGGCAUAUUUUUUAUGGACACUGGAAUUUGCUCAUGAUCGUAUUCCAUUAUUAUAAAGCAGCCAGAACCUCCCCAGGUUACCCACCCCAGAUGAAAAGUGAUAUCCCUUCAGUGUCCAUUUGCAGAAAGUGCAUUACGCCAAAGCCAGCCAGAACACAUCACUGCAGCAUAUGUAACAGAUGCAUACUGAAAAUGGACCAUCACUGUCCUUGGCUAAAUAACUGUGUGGGACAUUUCAAUCAUCGCUACUUCUUUUCAUUUUGCCUUUUUAUGACCAUGGGCUGUGUGUACUGCAGUAUCAGUAGUCGCAAUAUGUUCAUUGAUGCCUACAAUGCUGUAGAGACUUACUACCAGACUCCGCCUCCUCCUUACACCUCAAAAGAGAGGAUAUUUCACAAGUGUGUUAUUUACCUUUGGGUGCUCUGCAGCUCAGUGGCAUUAGCACUUGGAGGUCUGACGCUUUGGCAUGCCAUGCUCAUCUCUCGUGGUGAAACAAGUAUUGAAAGGCACAUAAAUCGCAAGGAGCAACAUCGAAUGCAGAAAAAAGGGAAGACCUUUAGGAACCCAUUUAAUUAUGGACGGCUACAUAAUUGGAAAGUUUUUCUUGGUGUGGAAACAAAAAGCCAUUGGUUGACCAGAGUUCUUCUACCUUCAGGACACCCUCCAUAUGGAGAUGGUUUGACAUGGACCCACUAUCCCAUUUCUACCAGGAAUACAAUGCUGGCAAUUUAAAAUUAAUUUCUUCCACACCACUCUGUGCCACCAACAGACGGGCAAGCAAGACUGUUUACCGACAAUAUUCUGCAUUAAAGUACUCAUCCCCAGUUUUCUGCACUGCCAAAUCAAUGUCACACAUUGACAUGGGUUUUUUUUAAAUAAUGUACUUGAAUAAGUCUGAAAUAUCUAAUUUACAGUUAAACUAUGCAUUUUUACAACUGACUGACAUAAAUGUAUGUUUUAAGUGUUUUGUGAACACCUUUUUUUAUUUUAAACCAAUAUUAUCAAGAGAAUUUGAAAUUAAUUUUCAGGCAAUUACUGCUAAACACAAAUGUGGCUUUUCUUCUGAUCAAAGUUGUGCUAUAUUUAAAGGGCAGUUGGAUACACUUUAAUUCAUACACUGAUUCUGAAACUGAUCAGAUUAGGGAAACAUGUACUGUACAUCUUUUUGUGAGGUGUAUCAACAGCCAUCCGUAAGAAAUCAUGCAAAUUAAUACCCUCCUCAAAUAUACUGUUGUCCCAGUAGAAUAAUGUGAACUGACCCAGUUUGUUUUUUUAGCACAAUCUCAGUGUAUCAUGUAUUAAUUAUAUCAGUACAAACCUGACUUUUCAGCUACUGCAACUUGAGCCCAAGUCAGAUGCAAUAAGGAUAAUCCAAGAUGGGUUCCAGGCUGCUAUAUAAAUACACACAACCAAUUGGAGCUGUGCUCCACAGGGGAAUUCAUUUCAUUGUAUGUUUCUGCUUUAUUGUGAUUUUGAUAAUUAAAAUAUUUCAGGAGUUUUCUUAAAUUUCAGUACAGACUAACUGGUGUUUAAGUCCAUGAACUAUCAGAAGAAAAAACAAACCUGCGAAACUUUGUACUUGUGCUUUUUUUUUUGGCUUGUUUUUACAAAUGAAAGUGUAUAUUUUUAUACAUGUUUUUUGACUGGAUCUUUGUGUUGUAAAUAGCUGUAAAGUUAAAUAUUGGGAAAUGAGAGGUUAAAUUAUAUUAGAAUGAGGGGCUAAGAAAACAUUCUUCUGUCAAAAAAUAGCAUUUUGAGGUUUAAGUAAUUUGUUAUACUAAGAUCUAAUUUCUGCCUACAGUUAAGUCAAAUAUUAUAAUGGGAAUGUCACAAUACGGUAUGUGGUAAACUUAUCGCGAGUCACAUAAAUAUUUCAGAAAGUUACAUAAGUCACAGAAAACCAGCACUAAUUACUAGUAAAUUUACAAAAUCAUUUAUUGACAGGUUAAUAUAGAUGUUUUUCAAGAUAUCUCCUUGGCAACAUAAUGAAGAUUAAAAUAUACACUUUUGCCAGAGUGAACAAGCCCCGAUUUAUGGGUAACUUAAAACACUCUGCAUAUGAACUGUGCAAUAUUCAAGGUUGGAAUGCAUCUUUGAUAAGUGCAGGUUUAAAAAAAAUAUACCGAGUGCAUUAAUUUUUUCCCAAAAAAUGAGUUAAAGGCUUCAGGUCGAGGAUGGUUUUGUGUUAGAGCCCUACAUGUAAGUAGUGAGAGAUUCCAGGCUGGGGUAAAAAAUAAAGGAGACUCUAAAAUUCUAGAACACAUCCUGUUAGAUUGUCUCUGUUAGUCAAACAGAUAACAGUUCACUUCCCAGGACCUCCAAGCAGGAACCUGUAAAAAUGAGAAGUAUUUUUUGGUAGUGGUGUAAGGAAUAUGUAACAAAAGUUAUCAAUCAACCUUUCUCAAUUAUGCAUUAAAAUGUGUUUUUGUUAAAGAAACACAUGAAUGGUGUACAUUAUACAUCUGAGCAGAAGCCAUCUAUUCCUGGCCCACUUUUUCUACAAUUAUACCAAUAUAACUAUUAAUAACAGAAUGUUGUGCUGGAAUUAGAAGCAUUCAAUGUCAGCUUUAAUUAAACCGAAAUACAUUUCCAAUAACAACUUUGUACAAGAAUAACUAGAAACAGAAAUGUAUUAGCACCACCAUCCUUGUAAAACUAGUAUGCGGAUCAUUUGUUAAAAAUGUUUCUGGAGUGGUACAAAGUACUAAUGUUUCCUGCCGUUUUUAUCCGUUGACUUCUGUCAAAUGCAUAUAAUUCUGUUCAUGUCUUUUUAUUAUUUUUUAUUCAUGUACCCCACAUCCCUUUGUAAAACCUUGGAGAUAGAGAGUUUAAGAACAAAUUAAAUUUUUUUGAAUAAUCCAUAAAAA